GUUCUGUGGUAGAAUCAAGGCUCAGCUUCUCAAGUGAAUCUUUCAUUUUUGCAGAAUGAGGAUUUUAACGUCAUUUUUAUGCUACUCCAUUGGUCUUUUAGGAUUAGGUGGGAUUCAUGGCCUGAUGUCAGUGGACAAUCUGGGUGAGGAACUGGAGGACAAAGACCUGAGCAAAGCUAUUCUGGAGAUGCUACAUAUUAAUAAACUGUCUCAACCUCAGCAAGUAAAGCCACACCCCUAUAUGAAGCAGGUUUAUCAGUCCUUGGACACACAGGCAAGAGAUUUGAGUGCUGCUGAUGGAACUCUUGUGCAGAGUUUCCGGAGCACUGAAGAAUUAAAGUACAGCACUCCAGGAUGGAUCUGGUUCAACAUGUCUCAGCUGAGCCCCUCCAUGAGGGUUGCAGAGCUGGUCCUGUUGAGGAAGACUCUUCAUCCCAAGCCACUGAGUGUGACAGUCACAGUGCACAGUCUUUCACCAGGAACAGACAACCUGAGCAUAAGCGGCCCUCUUGUGGAACAGUUUCUGAGCCUGGACCAGCUGCCUCCAUCAGGCUAUGAUGUUUUUGAUGUGACAUCUGCAAUAAACCAGCACUCCCGUCGUUCAGAUGUCUUGGGCUUCCAGCUUCGGUUUGGGGAUGAGAGUGGCAGCUUGGUUCUCCAUGAGGCCCUCACACAGAGCCUCUACUGCCUGGAUGGAAGCUCCCUCAGCCAGCCACUCCUAGUCGUCUACAGGGCCAAAUCAAUGGAACUGCAGCACAGGGCUACAGGAGAGAGUUCUGAGCACAGGCAGAGGCACCACUGUAUGUUUAGCUCAGAUUAUCAAAAACAGAGUAUACAGUUGAGGCAUGUAAGACAUGCGGCUAAUGCUGCAUGUAAACUGUAUGUGCAUCACAUCAACCUUCAUAAGACCAAGUUAAGUCAAUGGAUUCUACAGCCAUCCAAUUUCAACAUCAGCAUUUGUAGAGGUAUCUGUAGGAAAGAAAUGUUUUUGUCAUCCAUGACUGUUCAGACACAGGACAAAAAACACAGAGAAAACAAUUUACUUAAAAGAUCAAGCUGCAUACCACAAGGGCUGUCGUCUCUCAUUGUAAUGUACAGCAGUGACACUGCUGACAUUAUUAUAAAGGAGCUAAAGGAUAUCACAGCAGAGCGAUGUGUAUGCCAGCCAAACACCCACUGAAAAGCACUGCAUAUAGCCUAUACAAAAUCACAUUUAGGCCAAUGAUGUGACACUCAAUUUACUUGAAUACAGCUCUUCUAUGAUGAAUAUGUAUUCAUGUAAAUAUGAAAGUGAAAGAUAUCAUGUGGAGUAACCAGACAGUAAUG